UGGCCGCGAAAGAGGAGGGGAGAUGCAGCCUGGAGUCGGGAGAAGGGCCGCCGCCAUUAUUGGGAAGCUGACAAAAAAAUAAGACAUACCCACACAUCGUCACACGUUUUUUUCUUUUUCUUUUUUUCUAGCUUGCCAGCAGCUCUACAACGCCAGCGAAAAGGACGGGAAUCCAACCUUUUUUUUUUUCAAGCUCCGUUCGUAUCAUUGAAGACAGAUCGCCCCUUUUCUACUCUCCUGGCGAAUCUUUUAUUUUGGACACAACAAAGGAAAUAAUUGCUCCAAACAACGUGGUGGCGAAGCAAGAGAGAAAAAGACUCCGAAAGGACGCUUUUUUAACAAGCAGACCCUCCAUUUUUUUUCCUUCAUUCCUCGUUCACAGGCGUGUUGAAGACGACUUUGUGCGACAUUUUGGUUGCUUUUCCCCCUUAACUAGCAUUUGUUGGUUAGCCCUCUGGUAUACGCACGCACGCACGCAGAAAUGCGAAUGUAAAAACUUCAGACGUGAGGGUACAAAGUGACAAGAAAUGGACACUUGAGCUCUUUUCGCCCCCUAAAAGCGGCUAUUAAUCGAUGAGAGUGUUGGCGGGGAGUGUUUUUUGUGUGUCUCUUUCAAGACUGCAAGGACGUAAAGGAGUGGACGGAAUCCGGAGAGGAAGGAAUGUUAUGGGUCAGAUCUGAGUAUCGUGAAAUCCUAUUGCAUGGGAUCCCUGUGUCCUUGACAGCCUCUGUCUCUCACAAGAGCUUGAGGCAAGGAUGACAGGAUGAGCUUCUGCCAGCGAUUAUGAUGGCCAAAAAGCAAGAUGUCCGGGCACCUACCUACAACCUGGUUGUGGUUGGGCUGUCUGGUACAGAGAAAGAUAAGGGCCAAUGUGGAGUGGGAAAGUCCUGUCUGUGCAACCGCUUUGUUCGGCCAUGCGCCGAUGACUUCUACCUGGACCACACCUCAGUUCUCAGCACCAGUGACUUUGGAGGCCGUGUAGUGAACAAUGACCACUUCCUCUUCUGGGGAGAGGCUGGGAGGACUAUGGAGGAGGGGCCAGAGUGGCGCAUGAAUGUGGUGGAACAAACAGAAUUCAUUGAUGACCAGACAUUCCAGCCACACCGAAGCACAGCACUGCAGCCAUAUAUCAAGAGGGCAGCCUCCACCAAGUUGGCUUCAGCUGAGAAGCUGAUGUACUUUUGCACAGACCAAUUGGGGCUAGAGCAAGACUUUGAGCAGAAACAGAUGCCUGAGGGGAAGCUCAUGAUAGAUGGAUUCUUACUCUGUGUGGAUGUUAGCAGUGGUAUGAACCGCAGCUUUGAGGAUCAGAUGAAGUUUGUUACCAACCUGUACAACCAACUUUCCAAAACUAAGAAACCUGUGGUACUGGUUCUCACCAAAUAUGAUGAAGGAGUUGACCGCAAUAUUAAGGACUCGCACACCUUUGCGCUAGCAAAGAAAAACCUCCAGGUGGUCGAAACCUCAGCGCGAUCAAAUGUCAAUGUUGACUUAGCCUUUCUGACACUUGUUCAACUAAUUGACAAAGGCAGAGGAAAGCCCAAGAUAAUCUCUUACUUUGAGGCACUGAAACAGCAGAGUCAACAGAUUGCCUCGGCCAAGGACCGAUAUGAGUGGCUUGUCAACAGAAUUGUGAAAAACCAUAAUGAGUUAUGGCCCACUGUCAGUUGCCGCAUGCAGACAGCUCCAGAGUACAAGGACUAUGUCUUCCUUGAGGGGACACCUAAAGCAAAGAAACUCUUUCAACAACAUGUACAUAGACUAAAGCAAGAUCAUAUAGAGAAACGCAGGAAGGCGUAUCUAAGUACUCUGCCACAGGCCUUGUCUAUACUAUUACCACAAUUGGAUGAGAUAGACCACUUGAGCUGGUCUGGAGUUCAGAAAGUAUUGGAGACCAAGAGAGAUUUUUCACAUUGGUUUGUUGUAUUAGAUGACACACCAUGGGAGACCACGCCCCACAUUGACAAAAUUGAGGAUGAUCGCAUACCCCAGGACCUCCUCGAAACUCACACGGCUGAGGCCAUAUAUAAGACCCACCUGGACCAGCUCAGGAAUGACCGCAAACGAGCUGAAAUUAGAUGGGAGUUCAAGGAGAAACUUAGUGUCUCUCCAUUCAUUACUCCAGGCAAACCGUGGGAGGAGGCUCGGAGCUUCAUCAUGAAUGAAGACUUCUACCAGUGGCUUGAUGAAGCGGAAUAUCUGGAUAUCUACAAUAAACACCAGAAGGAGAUUAUUGACAGAGCCAAAGAGGACUUCCAAGAACUGCUUCUUGAGUACUCUGAGCUUUUUUAUGAACUGGAGGUGGAUGCAAAACCAAGUAAAGAAAAAAUGGGAGCAAUUCAGGAACUACUGGGUGAGGAACAAAGGUUUAAAGCCUUACAGAAGCUGCAGGCAGAGAGGGAUGCUUUGGUAUUGAAACAUAUCCACUUUGUCUACCACCCUACAAAGGACACCUGUCCAAACAGCCCCCACUGUGUGGACUCUAAACUCGAGCAGAUACUUGCUUCCAGAUUCCCCACUCGCUAUGCAUCACCAGAUAGUUCAAGACUGGAUGGAGGCAGGGCAGAAAGGAUAAAUCUAGUCAUACUAGGUAAAGAUGGGCUUGCCAGAGAGAUGGCAAAUGAAAUAAGGGCAUUGUGUACCAGUGACGAUAGGUAUGUGUUAGAUGGAAAGAUAUAUGAAUUAGCUCUUCGUCCAAUAGAGGGCAAUGUACGGCUGCCAGUUAAUUCCUUCCACACACCAACCUUUGCACCCUAUGGUUGCCUUUGUUUGUACAACUCAAAGGAAUCACUGUCAUAUGUCGUUGAGAGUGUGGAAAAGCUUAGAGAGUCAACCAUAAGUAGAAGGGACAGAGAAAACAUUUUAGCCCAACUUCCACUUUUCCUCCUGCUUGUGACUAAGCGUGGGGUGGGUUCCAUAGGGGAUAUUGGAGGGGAAACAGCUCAGACUCUUAUCCAGCAAGGGCUGCAGGUUUCUGCAAAGCAGCAGUGUCGUUACCUAGACCCAGCCUCUCCAGGCAUGGGCUAUGGGCGCAAUUUCCAUGAGAAGCAUCUCAACCAGAUGUUGAGAGGCCUCUUAGAGUCCCGGAGAAGCCUACGGACCAGCUCUCCACCCUUACCCCCGUCAUUAUCUGCCUUCAGAGACUUUCAGUCUCAACCAAUUCUAGAAUCAGACCUCAAAAUCGUCAUGUGCCUCAUGUGUGGAGACACGUAUGAUCUCGACCAGCUCCUGGCUCCUUUCUUGUUGCCCCAGCAUUGUCGCCCUGCUAUUAGCCUCAACAGUGGCACCUCUGUCUUGCUGGAUCUGAGUAUAGGUGGUCAGAGGCAGACUAUUGAGCUGUCUUUGCUGUCUUUCCAUUCCUCAUUCUCCCUCCGCAAGACUAAGCUGGUCCAUGGCUACAUUGCAGUUUACUCUGCUCGGCGGAAAGCCUCUUUGGAAACUUUAUGUGCUUUUCUGUGUGAGGUUCAAGACAUCAUUCCAGUACAGUUGUUAGCAGUUGGGGAAAGCCAGAUGGAGCUUUCAGACUCAGAGUCAGCUAGGGAACAGGUCAGUCAGGGAGAGGAACUCGCUCAUGAAAUUGAGGCAAGGUUCAACACAAUAAUAUGUGGGCAUGGAGGAGUUGUAGGUGGGCUUCAUAAAAUCGAUCUUUUCCAAUCUUUUCUCAAGGAGAUAGUGGAGAAACGCACUAUUAUUGAGGCUACACACAUGUACGAUAAUGUGGCUGAAGCAUGCACCAAUGAGAGUACCAGCCCCCUUUGUGGCUCUCCCAGUCCAGUUAACAUUCUUAUGGACUCAGAAGAUGAUAUUGACCCGUCAGCACCUUACCCUACCCUGAGGGAAGAUGGAAGUAGUGGCUCCCAUCUGGUAAGCUUCAAGCUGCCAGAUCUGGAUUCAAGUGAUACAUUUUCUGUCAUUUCUGAGCUCAGCACUUUUGAGAGCAAGCUGAACAACAAGGUGCCUCCCCAGGUGAAACCUAAACCUGUGCGCAAGGUCAAUCUUGGCCCUUACAUGGACCAACAGGUUGGGACCAACCGACGCUCCUUGCCCCAAGCUGUCAGCUGGGCUCCAGGUAGUGACGGUGGCUACGAUCCCUCAGACUACGCAGAGCCUAUGGAUGCUGUGAGCAAACCUCGACAUGGAGAUGAGGAGAGCAUUUACUCCGUCCCUCAUGACAGCACACAGGGCAAGAUAAUCACCAUCCGUAAUGCUAACAAAGGUCACUCCAAUGGUAGUGCCGGGGGGAAUGGGUCGGACAGCGAGGCCGAUAGCAGCUCACUGGAGCGCAGAAGAAAGUUGUCAGCUAUUGGAAUAAAGCCCAAGCUUUACAGAGAUCGAUCAAAACGACUUGGAAAGUUCAGCAGUUUUAGGACGAGCUUCUCACUCGGCAGCGAUGAUGAAAUGGGGGGUCCACCAAAGGCUAGCCAAGAUGAAGGAGGUGCCCAAAAGGACAAUUCCAUUGAGGAGAGUGAGGAUCCAAAAAAGAGAAAUAUCCUGAAGAGCCUGCGCAGAAAUACAAAGAAACAGCGAGCCAAGCCGAGGCAUUCCAUCUCAAAACCUAUUGAGAGCAACUACUUCGGAAUGCCGCUGGUUACCGCCGUAACUCCGGAGAGGCCCAUCCCAGUGUUCAUUGAGAAGUGUAUCCGAUUUAUUGAAACAACAGGCUUAAGCACCGAGGGUAUCUACAGGGUCAGCGGGAACAAGGCGGAGAUGGAGAGCAUGCAGCGUCAAUUUGACCAAGACCACAACCUGGACCUGGUGGAGAAAGACUUCACCAUAAACACAGUAGCCGGGGCCAUGAAGGCCUUCUUCUCCGAGCUUCCCGAGCCCCUGGUACCCUACAGCAUGCAGAGAGAGCUGGUGGAAGCUUUCAAGAUCAACGAUAGGGAGCAGCGCUUCCAGACGAUGAAGGACAUUCUCCGCCGCUUCCCCCAGGAGAAUUAUGAGGUCUUCAAAUAUGUUAUCAGCCACUUGAACAAGGUGAGUCAGAAUAGCAAGAUGAACCUGAUGACCAGCGAGAACCUGUCCAUCUGCUUCUGGCCCACGCUGAUGCGCCCUGACUUCACCACCAUGGACGCGCUGACCGCCACGCGCACCUACCAGACAAUCAUUGAGAGCUUCAUCCACCAGUGCGCGUACUUCUUCUACAAUCAACCACUGGCCAACGGCCUCCCAGGCUCGCCGACCUCCACGCUCUCCUACGGCGUGGGCACCUCGGCAUACUCGUGCAUGUCCGGCGGCUACUCCUCCUCGCCAGCGCCAUCCCCCCCGACCCCUUACGUCCUCCCGGCAACCCCUCCCGUCAUCCCGCACUACGGCCCCCCCAUCCACCACCACCACCAAUUGCCACCCCGCUCCCCGCCGCCGACCCCGCAGUUACCCCUCCCCGCCCUGGUACCGCCCUCCCUCCACCCGCAUCACCCACCUACGGAACAACACACGCUGUGAACCACCAAGGGAUCAAGGGGGGAAAAAAGAGAUUGAGUGUGCUUCGGAAAGAGAUACACACAAAGGAACGGAAGGAGAAACCAAGGACAGGAAAUGGGAUGAGGACAUUGAGGGAUCUGCAGUAUGCACAGGGAGAUACUUUGGAAGAAGAGUGCUUGAAUAGAGAAGCCCAGACUCCAUGCUGUCGCACAGGAGGAACGUCAGCUCAGAACACACUAUUGACACAUUAGCAGCCUCAAAACAACUUUUUUUUUUUUUUUUUUAAAUCUCGCUGGAGGGGACCCCCCCCCCUCCACACACACACACACACACAUUUGCUGAUUAAAAUCCUUGUCUCUGCACACAUGCACACAAACAAAGACGGAUUCACUCGAGGCUUUUUGUUAAGCACCUAAGACAGAAAGAGGAAAAAAACAAAAGAACUCAACCAACCAGAUCUGCAGAUCAGGGCAAAGGAUCAUGGGUGCGUUCCCUUGGCAUUCAGUCUACUGUACGCUCGCUCUAUCUGGAUGUGACCGUCAUUACGACGCUACUGAUAGUAUUUUAAAAGGUCGGCCCACACCUCAAGUUUCCACCCUUUUCUGUUGCCAAUCAGUCAUUGUGCGAGUGUGUGUGUGCGUGCGUGCGUGUGUUCUUUUUACCUGUGUUUGGCAGUGAGUUUACCUGCUGUGUGUGUGUCAUUGCUGCCGUUUUCAUAGUAAGGACCUUGUUUAAAAAGCACUUUUCUGAGCACUUUCAAGGCACAUUUUUUUUUGUUGAGAUUGGAGCUUUGACGUCACCCUUCACUCUCACUUAUGGGAGCACACCACUGACAUCUAGAGGAGCAAUCGGAGUAUAGCAGCCACUACAUGGGCGUUGCGCCAAUAGCUUUCACUGUGUUUUUUUUUUUUUUUUUUUUUUUUAAUGUCAGCCUUCCCUUUGUCUAAGGCGACAUUUUUUGAGCCAUUCCACAUACUUUACAUUCGGAAAAGUCUCACGGCACACCGUCAAAACAAAAAUGUCACAAAUCGUGGAUACACGUUAAUUCCCAUAUAGUGGAAGAGCAUGUCACUAUAGUCACUAGCAUAGAUACAGUAGAUGAACAAAAUAAGCAGUAAAUAUUUUUUAGCGCACUACAUCUUUCAUGAAAUAUUGGUUAGGAAUCCCUGUUCUAAGAAGUGAGGUAAUCAUGGCAUGGCAUCGCGCAUUGUCUUUAAACUUUAUUGACAAGUUGGGUAUGCACAAAACACUCAGCCCCAACCAACCCCCAACAAAUUUUUAAUAACAUUUUCCUCAACGCCCCUAAAAGCAUGAGGACAUUGCACUGUCAGAUGGUUCUCUACAACCCUAUUGGAGCUUUAAAAUAAAAAAACACAGACGCAUUUCCGGUUAUAUGAAUUGAUAAUCGUAUUAGGGUCACACUGGGGGUAAAAUGAGAGAACUUACUAGAAUUUGGAACCUCACGGGACUGAAGUAAGAUUACUGGAACAAGUUGUAAUAUUACAAAGUCUCAAUACUGUAGGAAAAAAAUGACAGUUAAACCCUUCUACAUAAUCUGACAAGAAUAAAGUCAUAAUUUUGUAAGGAUACAAUGGUAAUCUGUAUUUUUCUUGUAAUUUAGGCCUUUAUUCUUGUACAAUUAUAACUUUGUCAUUAUUAAGAAUAAAAUAGGUUGUCAUUAUUUUUUUAAAGUGAUUUUAUUUCUUGUUCUUGUAAUAUCACCAUUUUAUUCUUAAAAAUAACAGGCUUCUCACAAUAUCACAACUUUGAUAGAAUUACAACUUUUCACGCAUAGUAUCAUGACUAUGCUUGUAAAAUUAAGUAUUUUAGCUUUUAUGGAAUCAUGAGAACAAAAAGUCUAAAGAGUUUUUCUUGUAAUAUUACCACUUUAUUCUUGCGGACUUACAACUUUUAAUAUGAGGGGAAAUUUUCCUAAUUUUAUAAAAAUAGUAGUUCUUUCUUUGAAAAUUUUUUUUUUCCCCAUAAUUAGGAGACAAAAAAAGACUCAUCAUAAUAGUACAGCUUUUCUUGUAAUAUGACCACUUCAUGUAAAAUUACAAUUAUUUUCAAUAAUAGCAAAAAAAUUAAGAAAAAACAUUAUGGAGGGCUUUCUUGUAAUAUUACCACUAUUCUUGGAACAUCACAACUUUUUUUUCAAACCUGUAAAAUGUAAACUAUUUUCUCGUAUUAUUACAGCUUUAUUUUUGUAAAACGAAUUUUUACAAGUUAUCUAAUCAACAUUUAUCAUGUAAUAUUACAAGAAAAACAUGGAGCUAGUUUUAACCGACCAGUUUCCACUUUAUUCUCGUAAACUAUUUUAUUCAUGUGGAAUGAUGACCUUUCCCCCUCUGUAAUAUUGCAACUUUACCUGGUUUUCCACCAUCCAUUUUCUGAGCCGCUUCUCCUCACUAGCGUCGCGGGCGUGCUGGAGCCUAUCCCAGCUGUCAUCGGGCAGGAGGCGGGGUACACCCUGGACUGGUUGCCAGCCAAUCGCAGGGCACAUACAAACAAACAACCAUCCGCACUCACAUUCACACCUACGGGCAAUUUAGAGUCUCCAAUUAAUGCAUGUUUUGGGGAUGUGGGAGGAAACCGGAGUGCCCGGAAAAAUCCCACGCAGGCACGGGGAGAACAUGCAAACUCCACACAGGCGGGGCCGGGGAUUGACAAUCUAACCAGUCGACCACCGUGCUUUACCUGGUUUAAAAAAAAAGUUGAUCUCAUAUUAUUACCCCCCCACCUUGUAAUAUUUUGACUUAAUGCCCAUAAAAGUACAAUUUAUCCAUAAUAUUUUAAAGAAAAUAGAAUUUUACAAUAAAGCCGUUAAUUAUAUUAUUAUUAUUAUUAUUACAACUGUUUUCUUGUCAAGGUACUUCUUUUUUUCCUCAUAAAAUUACAACAUGAAGUGGUAAUAUUACCUGGAAAACAUGCAUUUUAUGUGAAUUUUUUUUUUUUUGAAAUAUGCAUUUUAUGUGAAUUUUCCUCUUUUUUGGGGGUCCUAAUAUCCUUUCUUGUCAUUCAAUCAGCUUGUUGUUUCUGCUAAAAUUCGACCGCUACGCCACACUGCCCCCAACGGCACUGCUCAGCUACUUCAGCUCCUUGCCACCCUCUCCAUCCGAGAGCGGCUCUCGUUGUUUUUUUGGGACUAGAGACCGGAACAGACAGUCCAUUCAUCCGUCUACACAACUGGAACGGAGUAUCCCAAAUUCCCUUUCCCUGGCCUGCUGUUACCUUAGAAACCAGCGAGACGGGGGCCUGGAGGAUCCAUAAUCCAAACCGCUUUUGAAGUGCGUUUUUGUGUAUUGUUACACAGAAGCUCACCAAGGUCACAUGAACACCCCUUCGCUGGCCCGAAAGCCUUUUAAACAAUCACUGAACUAUACAUUUUUAUCACAACACUACCUAUUUACCCCCUUUUCUUGUGUGUGUUCCUAAAUGUGUGUGUGCUGGAAUUAGGUGUAUGUUAAACGAGCUGUGCGUGGCAGACGUCCAGACAGCUUCGUGAUCCAAACAAAGGUGACGGCAAAGAAUGCAGCUCCCCUCGUGUUCACUUGCCCCCGCUGGCUAAGCCUGUUCGCUCAUCCAUAUUAUUAGGAACAAGGGGAUGAUACCUUGGGAGAGUGAGGGAGUUGUUGACCACUGGUAGCGUGUGCGUGUGUGUGAACUGGUGAGUCCAAUCCGUGUGUUGAAAUGACUGUGAGGCAGCCAAAGACUGGACAAAAAAGGUGACCGUGCAGAACAAUUGAAUAUUAAAACAGAAACAAAUGUGACAUUUUUUUCCCCCCAAACAAUGGUGUCAGAUGUCUGUUAAGUUAAAAAACAAAAAAUUAAAAAAAAUAAAACAAGGGAAAAACAAACAAACAAGAAAAAGUAUGUCGAAUGGGGUUCUUUAUGGUAUGCUUGGGGAGGGCCCGGGUUUAACAUUUUGCCCUUUAGUCAGUGGUGAUAGAAAGUUUCUUUUUAUGGUUUUAUUUUAAUAGGAAAUAAAAAUGCUUUUUAAACAUUUCUUUUGAUGCCCACUAUAGUGCAUGAAUUCUUCCCCAAAGAGGAAGAGGAGGGCUUCACCACUUGUACUAUUUAAAAGAUAAUGAAACAAAAUAUUAUGAACAGUUUUGGGGGGGUGGGGUCAUAAUGGGUAAAAAAACAAAGUAAUGAAGUACUGUAAACUGAAAAGAACAUGUCAAUUUGCUGAGUCUGGUAAUUUGUCUCAGUGGGAAUGGUGUAUACAGCAAGGCCUUAUGUGAUCUGUAUCAUAGUUAAUAAAUGAAAUCUUGUACAAA